AUGCGUGGAUCCUUAAUUUCUGCACCAUUUCUUGGAUAUUUACUAAAAUAAUAAGCAAAAAUAAGAGUAGCUAAUGUUAUCAUGACAGAGCAACCUCUAACAAAAGAAGGCAAUAUAGAGAUGUCUUAGAAGUUGUGUGAGUAUAUAUCUAUUUCUAUUAAAAAAGUAACUAAUCUGUAGUUAAUUUAUGUGACAUUACAGCUCAAUUAAUACCAGCAGCUAGAUUAUUACCAUAAUAAUAAUUAUUUGAUCAAUUUGUUAGAGAAAAUAAAUUUGAUUAGUAAACUCCAAUUAUUUUCUUUGAUGAAUAUAUUCACUUUGCAGCAAGAGCUUGGUUUACAUUUAGAUAUUUUGGAUUCAAAAAAGUAUUUGUUUUAGAUGGUGGAUAUUCAAAAUGGUUGAAUCAUUAAUCAGAGGAAUUUUAGGAACAGAAAAUUUGUAAAUAAUAUUUUCAAAAAUAUAGAGGAUUAGCCAAGAUUUUAAGGUAGAAUAAUGAGUACUACAGAAGUGAUUAAAAUUUCAUAGUUAAAAAGCUUAAAAGAUCCAAAAGGAGAUGAUUGGGCUAUUAUCGAUACUCGAGAUGCUAUUCGUUUUAAAAAAGGAUCUAUACCUGGAUCUAUCAAUAUAGAAUUUUCAGAAUAUUUGAAUGAAGAUAAUACAUUAAAAUCUGAUGAAGAAUUAAAACAAUUAUAUGAGAGAAAUGGAGUUGAUAUAAAUAAGACUAAAAUAAUAAAUACUUGUUAAACUGGAAAAUUAGCAUGUAUAGCCACGAUUGCUCAAGAGAUUUUAAAAACUAAAUAGUAAAUAAAUGAAUAAAAUUUAGGUAAAUUUUAUAUGAUGGUUCAUGGGAAGAUUGGAAAUUAGAGAAUCGUAAGAAAUGA